CUUGAGCAGAGCAACAGACACUUCUCUACUCAUAUCUAGUAGUUCUGCAUUGAAAUAAGACAUCAGACAAAAACAACAACAAUUACAAUACAGUAACAACGAGAGUGCACUACCGCCACAUUCACUGUGCUAAGUCAUCUCAACCCUCAAGCGGCUAGUCGAACGCCUUCACCGCCACAACCCCAGCCAACCUUCAGGCAUCGGCUGCAACCACCACGAACAACAACAACAAUAGCAACAGCAACAGCAGCUGCUGCAGCGCAUUUCACAAUUCGUUCUCAGUUGAUGUUGGUCGCUUGUAUGGCGCAGUUAGUGGCUAUCCGACUCCUCCUAACUCUGACACAAACGCCAUCCGUCCGAGUGUCGGGCCAGUGCAAAGUGCGAAGUACUUUCCAACGCUCGUCCAAGCACUUAUUGAAGGCGCUAACGCUCUAAUUUAUUUGCGUUCUUGCGUGCGUUUUCUAGCUACGUGUAGAAGAAAAUAUAGCAAGGCGUCAUCAAAAAAGCCGUAAACUCAUAAAAAUUGUGAAAUCACAACAAAAAGUAAAGACGAACAAAAAACGCCAAUAAAGCAAAUUUUUAGUGAAAUCAACAAUUAAACGAUUAAGCAGGAAAACGAAAUAACAUAAAAAUUGUUUCAGCGAUUUAUUACAAAAAAAAAAAAAAAAUAAAAAAAAAAAUCGUCACCAGUAUACUCAACGCGAGUAUUUCGGUUAUCGCAAAUCCGCUGCGUCAGCUAGCCGGCAAUACGCGCAUUUCUCAUGCAAGUUUCGCAUUGCAUUUCGGCCCUGCAACACACCCAUCAAACGGACCAAUCAGCUUUACCAAUAGCUUGUGGCAUAACGGUGUAAGAGCAGCAUAAAGCAACGCGAGCGCCAGCGAGAGUUAGAGAGCACAUGUUUCAGAGCAUAAGCUAUCAACGUGAUAACGGAACUUCCGAACAAAGUGCCAAUAAGAGUCAUUGAGCUUGUUGCCGCAUAGUCUGCGCUUAAAAACUCAACAAAAAGUGACAGAAAAAUAUUCUAUUAAUUCAAGUAGAGCAAAAGAGCAACAGAAAAAAAACUAUCAAGUGCCAAAAUCGCGCACAUGAAACUCUGAACAAUCGUACCCAACCUUUGGUGGACUUCGUGCCACGUUACUAAGCAGCCGCCGCGUUGUGUGUGUAAAACCGAGAAUUUGAAAAACUUUUUAAUAUGUGUGUAAAAAACUGUUGUAAAGUAGCGUAAAUACACGCCACUAACGUCAGGAGACACCCACACAGACACACACACACCCCCACACCGCACACAACAAACCCCCCAUGCUAAGAUAUCGGCUGGUGUCGACACAUUUCCUCAAACAGCCGUAGAUUGUUUUCCGCCGCCGAGCCAGCCAAGCAGAGACGAGUCCAGCCGAGUCGCGUCAACGAACGCGAAACGAGUGCAUCACCAACAAUACACACCAACAAAUACAUAACGGAGUGAAAGAACAAGCAGAACAACAACAAACACGAACACACAUAGACACAUACAAACACAUACGAAUACACCUGGUACACAUUGAAGAACACGUCGUAGGCUAGUACGCGGAGCCCGAUAGUGCGUGUGCGUGACUAGCGCGGUGCAUGAGGGAGCGAAUAGUGGGAGCAAGCUGCAGCAAUACGCCUGCGUUCACGCCGGGAGCACGAGAGAGAGAGUGAGAGAGAAGCGUAGCAACGUAGUUUUCAAGCGUUUAGUAGGCACAACGCCUGAGAGCCUAAAAGCCGACUAUAGAAGAUAUAGAAAAAUAGAAAAGUGAAAAAACAAAAGCGCCGUUAGCAGCACGCUGUGGGCGUAUAGUUGUGCCACUUUUCUGUGGAAAUUCGCCAGUUGCGUUUGGCGAUCGCCGGCAAAUAGUGGACGAGCUUUAUAUUGCAUUUGUCGAAUUGCACAUCUGGAUAAUACCGCGACUAUUCGGAUAAGCAAACGCUACGAAGCAGCUUGAAUUACGCCGUCAUUGACUGCGUCGAGCAUAAUCAACGACGCUGACGACAACACCCACGGUUCGGGUGCAACACACACAGUCGUUUAAUCAAUAAAACGCAAUACCGUUAGCGGUAAGCUAGACAUUUCGACUAGCAGCACUUAGCUGAUAACAACCCCAUAUCGUUGCGAUUUCGAAGCGGUUAGUGGCGAUUUAUUGCCGUACACGCCCAGCCACGCCACAAAGAGAUUAUAUUUGCGCUAAUUACUUGCAUUGUUGAUUGUUGAGUUGUUACCUAACGGUUUCAUCAAAGCCAUCAUAGCUGUGGUAUAGCUUGGUACAGGUCCAAAAAGGGAAACUUCGGGCGAGACUAUUGUUAAUCGCCAACAACAGCAGCAACAAAAGCGCCAGCCGCCUACCCACUUGGCAUUCGGAUCGUUUUAGAGGUUACACGCGGGGCCGUGGUGACUUCUUCUCAACUGGCCCUGUAACUUUUGUCACAACGUAUUCGUUAAGAGUUUUCCGUUUAUUCGGUACGUACGACAACAAUUUGAAUAGCGAAAAUGUGCAGAGAUCGCGAUAUGAUUUUGCCAUAGAUCAACGUAAUCGCCAAUAUAAAGUCAAGAAAAAAAUCAAGCUAAAGUAAGCGCUGCGCUAGAGUGUGCAAGCCAGUGAACAACGGUAGAGUGUGAGUGCGAGAGAGAGAGAAGACGCUAAGCGGCGACAGAACGUGCAAACUGGUUAAAUUCUUGCGCCGAAAAAUUCGAAAUAAAAUUCGGUUAUCUCAACUGCUCAUAGCAGCUGUGUGACUUUGGAGUGCUUAAGUGUGUGAAAAUUAUAACGGAAAAUUAACGAAGGUCAUUAAGUUGUUGCGGUUUGUAGCAACGAAACGCUUUGUAAUUUCGCUACCAAGUUAACAACGCUUCACGUUUAAGCGUUAAAUUAAUCGUUAUCGAUAACAUUUACGUAUCACCGAACGCCACAUAACAUAAUAGUUCGUGUACGCGCUUUAUAUGUGCGCACAAUUCCUCACAGUGUAAUAUACGCAGAAUUUUUUAGGUGCACAUAACCUCAAAUAUUUUCUGCAAUGUGACUGUUGAGCGUCAAUUUUUCGUUUGAUUAAAAACUACAUCCGUUGCCGACAAUCGAUUUAUCGUUCGUUCAGUCGAGUGUGUAUUUUACCGAAACCAGCCGAAACGGUUGCCUGAGCAAUAGUUUGAACGUGUUGAAAAUUUUGUGAAAUUAAAAAAAAAAAAUAAAAAAAUUGUAGUGAAAUUUAGAUCUGUGUUUUUUGAGUUUAAACGUAAAUAUAAAAUAGCAUAAAGGAUUAAUUUGAACCGUUAAAUUCGUUUGCUUGUGUCAAACGGAGAAACUGUAACAGGGCAAGGAAUCAAAGAAAAAGCGGCAAGAUUGAAGAAUUUGCGAGGAACUUUUGGAAGUCUAUUAAGGCUUGCGUUUGCGGCAUGCGCCAUCCUACCACAGGACUAAGCGAAGACGACCUCAGUCGUCUCACUGGUUCAUCCUCAUCGACAGCAUCUUGUGACAGUAAUUCAUCAUCCUCCUCUUCAUCAUCAUCGUCUUCUUCUUCGUCGUCGGCGGCGAACACGCCCGCACAUAAGGAGGGCGUCGACAGCGUCGAGUGCGUACACCACACACUCACCGCGCUCGCCAGUCCCGACAAAACGACCAACAACACAUUAGCCCUGGUCGCCAGCACACUCAAACAGAAUAACAACAAUAUCAUAAACAUUAGCAGCAUUAAUAGCCAACAUAACAAUAAUAACAACAAUAUUAAUAAUAACGGUACACAAACAAAUACAUCAACACGUUUUAGUUCAACAUAUCUACCCGAACUGAUAAAUCCGCUGGAUUGGCAAAAAUCACGUAAGCGUAAAGAGCGCCUUGACAGCACUUCAUCAGUCACGCAGGAUCGUAAGCUACAGCGCUCCAAUAGCGAAGAGCUACUCACACAAGAGCAGCAAGCGGCAACGGUAGGCAGCGCCGAUGCGCUCAAUGCCGGCAGCAACGCGUUGAAGGCGAACAAGAGCGCGGAUGUUAUAAGACGCGUUUCAUCGGAGGAUUUCAAGAAGACCGCCUCAUACGCCAUCUACGAGCAAGAGUUGCGCGAAGCGGCCGAGUGUCGCGCUGCCGAUCUAAAGCAGCGCCAGUCGCAGCAACAGCAACAGCGCAGCGCCGCGGAUGAGAAUGACGGUGCGCUAGCAAAUCGGCAAAAAUUGCAACAACAGCAACAAGAAGAUACCGCGCACGCACCUGUCUACCGCGACUCGUGGGUCACCGGUCCCACCAAAGAUAUGACGCGUCGCUCGCGCUACGAAACUAGCCCGGCGCGUUCGCAGCGCUUCUCGCCCAUACGCACCAAUGGCGUUAACGGCAACAGCAACAAGCAUCGCGACAGCGAUGACAGUGAAUGCGAACAUGAGCGUCGCCGCAGCAGCGAGCGUUCGUGCAAGUCACGUCAGCCGCCCGGCCGCAAGGUGGGUGUGGUGAAGAAGAGCAGCGCCAGCGGUGGUAGCAGCAGCGCGGCUAGCAGCGCUGCCAAAUAUCUGGCCACAUCGAAGCGUUUUGAUGAGAAUUCCGCCUACAAAUACGAUCUGUCCACGUUGAAGUAUGAACGACGCGGUUUCAUUAGCAAGAAAGGCACCACCACCACCACCGCUAACGGUAGCACAAGCAACAAUAGCGGCAACGGCAGCGGCAAUGAGCGCGCCACCAACGACCACAAUGACAAUAAUCUAAUUGACUUCCAUCAACAGCCACAAAAGCCAGCGCCAACGGCGCAGCCGCAAGCGCAGACCGUUGCGGCGCCCACCACACAAUUGCAGCUCAAAAGCGUCAAUGGCAUUGCAACUAGCGCGCCCAAGGAGAACAAAGCGACGCCGACAGCGCAGUCAGUAAAACGCACGAGCGCCAUUAGCAGCGCCUACAAUAGCGUACCGCUGACAGCGGCACAAGAGGCGCUGCCUUGGGGGCGCAGCGUACCCGAAGAUGCCACACCGAUGCUAAGCCGUCGCUAUGCGCCCGUGCGUCAUCAUCCCGUCGAUAAUCUCGAUACCGCUGCGAAACUCUCCAAAGUCAUGCCCUAUCCACAACAGUUUCACAAGCAAUCCGCAGCGCAGCGUUUCGAUGACGACAUGGAUUGCAUGGAGUCGCUCAGCACUUUCCGUGCCUUUACCUCGCGUGAUGUUAUGGAACAAGUCAUACCCGCAAUGAUGUCUUUCCAAUCGCCCGAGGAGCGUCUUAAGCAAGUGAAUAAACGCCUGACCGCUUUAAAGAAGAAGCUCGUGCAGCUAGAAGAGGCUUAUGAAAUGCGUAUGGGCUAUAGGCCAUCGCAGGCGGAACGCAUGAACGAUAAAUACAUGAAGAACAUAUUGGCUGAGAUAAAUAAGCUGCGCAAGGAGCGACAGGAGUUGAAGGUCGAUCCGAUGGGCGCGCUGGGCUUGAAGGUGAGCGGUGGCAUGGAUUCGGCCAAGAAAUUGGAGAAAAUGAAGACCACCUUGCAGGAGAUUGAGCAGAACCUCUCGGACAAGCGUGAGGACGCCAAUCGCUCUGAAUCGCUCGAUGAACUCAACGCCGAUCAGCUGGUGCAAGAGAAGAGCGCCGUACAACACGGGCUACUCUAUUUCGAGUCGCUCUACGGACGCCCCAGCACCAAGGAUGAACGCGAUGCGGCGCGACCACUCUACGAUCGCUACCGUCAGCUCAAGCGUAUGGUGUUGCGUAGUGUUAUGCAAUCGGGCAGCGCUGUGGCCGGCGCCCCGGAGUUGCCAACCAUACUCGAAAACGAAGCAAUGGUCUUCGAAUUUACACCCCACCAACUCUCAUCUGCCAACAGCACGGAAUCGAAUUCGCCCAGCGACUCGGCGACCGCACCGAAUGCUUCAUCCGAUGACUCGACCACCACAACAACGGGUGCCACAACCGGUGAGGCAGCAGCAACAGCAACAACAACAACAACAGCGGCUACUGCGUCGCAGACAGCGGCGAAUAGCGCGAGCGAGAAUAUUAGCGCCUUAAAUCUGGAACAAUUGUGGGAAUGCUUGGAGAAGACACGCGAAGAGAAGAAGAUACUCAAACGUACCAUACGCGAGUAUGAGACGAUCUUUGAGGAGCAGAACGGGCGCAAGAUGUUGAAGAACGAUCGCAAAACUAUCGAGGAGACAUAUGCGCAGUACAAGGAGAAAAAGGCAAAGACACGUCUGCUGCAGGAGCUUAUCAAGAAGCAGAAGCGUUCAUUUGCUUAAAGUGUGUGUGGCGUAAUAGCGGCGAAAAGCGCUUUGGCGAAAGCUACGCGGAUACACAUGACUCUUUUUCCAACAACAAUUGUUGAUGUUUGCGGAAAAAGCUCAAUUUGUUUGUGGCGGCAAUUUUGUUUUGUUUUUUACAACAACGCUUGCCGUGAGUAGUAACUUGUUUAAAGCUGCAGUCGGUUGGCCUAGCAGCAGCACGCACCAGCCGCAAAGCUUCGGCAUUUGCGGUAACUAAAGCACGAAUGCACGAGAGCUUUGUUUUACAGCACGAAAGCUUUGCGUUACAGCGCACCAACGAACGCACUGCUAAUCUUACAUGCGAGUCCGGAGGCACUCGGCAACAACAGCAGCAGUGCAGUGUUGGUUAACGCGACGAUUUACAAUUUAUCGAUGUUUCUUUAGAAAUUAGUGAUUUGAAAAAACAAAAUAUAUAACACAUUAUUUACUGUUAUUUUUCAUUACUAUUUUUAUUGUAUUUUUAUAUUGUUCAAUUGAUUUAUUGUCAUGACAAAGCAAACACACAAAAACAAAUAUUUUACUAUAUAAACACAUUGUUAUAUUAAUUUUAGCAAUAAAACAAAUUAUAUAUAUUUAUUAUUUUUCAUAUCAUUUAUAAGAAGCUCUAUAUAUACUUAAUUACAUAUAUUGUGUACCAAAUGCGAUUAAAAUAUUGCGAUUUACUUAUGUAACGCAGAGCCAUCAAACAGUUAUUUAGUUGUUUAAGCUCUUGUGACCAACUGUGUUAAUUUUUAUAAAAUUCACAAAAAACUUUUUUAGUUCUUAAGUGGUGAAGCGCAAUUUGAAGCUAAACGAAGAUAAAAAAACACAAAGGAAAGGCAAGAAAAUACGAAUAAAAGCAAAGAAAAUAC